UUUCUACCUCUUUACCCCCCUUUUCCCCAUCCCCACUAUCAGAUAUCCUUCGCACAAUGGCAAUCCACUACUUGAUUCUCCUGUCGAGGCAGGGCAAAGUGCGCCUUGCCAAAUGGUUCACCACUCUCUCCCCCAAGGAGAAGGCCAAGAUCAUCAAGGAUGUGACCCAGCUGGUUCUGUCGCGUCGCACCCGCAUGUGCAAUUUCCUCGAAUACAAAGACACCAAGGUCGUUUACCGUCGCUAUGCCUCCCUCUUCUUCAUCGCCGGUUGUGCAUCCACCGAUAACGAAUUGAUCACCCUUGAGGUCGUGCAUCGUUACGUCGAGCAGAUGGACAAGUACUACGGCAAUGUGUGCGAGCUGGAUAUCAUCUUCAACUUCCAAAAGGCAUACUUCAUACUCGAUGAGCUGUUGCUGGCGGGAGAAAUGCAGGAGAGCAGCAAGAAGAAUGUCUUGAGGUGCAUCAGCCAGCAGGACAGUCUGGAAGACAUGGAGGUUGAGGAAGACGUGGUCACGAAGAUUAUGUAGACGCCUCUCCGGCCCGCGAGCGUUUCUUUGUUGUUUAUACUGUUUGGGAUGUUCGUUUCUGUUUCUGGGGCAAGCUGGACUGCUAUACAUACUGGCGUUGGACGUACAUAAGCGUUGUGUUCUACUGUCUCGCGACUUGUUGCCAAGAACUAAUUAAUACCACCAUGACUACAUUCAG